UUUUUUAUUUUUGGCAUGUUUCUCUCACCAUGACUAAAUGAGACUGUGAGAGUCAUGACUCAUGAGAAAGUGAAGCACUACUUACUGACUAACUAACGAGUAAAGAGGCAUUAAUUAUUAAUUUGCGAAAGGAGGAAGCAUUGAGAUUGGGAGAUGGAGCGGAAGUGGAGCAGCGAAUCUGGUGGGAAUGUGAUGUCGUCACCAUCACACACACACUCGCAGUCGCGUAACGGGCAUUCUCGUUCCUCUUCGCUCACCCUCACUGGAGGAGGAAUUUCAACCGUCAAAAGGACUCAGAAUGUUGCUGCCAAAGCCGCCGCUCAGCGCCUCGCCCAGGUCAUGGCUUCUCAGACUGCCGUCGCCGCCGCCGACGACGACGACGAUGAAGACGAUCUUGGAUUUCGCUACACUGCUCCUCCACCUCUCUCUCUUUCCAGGGGCUCUGCUAAAUCUCCAUCUCCUGCGUUAGCUCGGAACCUCGUAGAAGAAUCAAUGUAUCUUCGCCCAGCUCCAACUCCUGGUAAUAGACCACCGCUAAGCCUCAGGACUCCAGCUCCUGUUCCGCCCUUAGACCCUCCCAUUCAUAAUAAUAAGCCCAAAGAUAAAAGAUUUCCGUUUGAUACUGCACUCCUUCAACCAAAAGAUUCAGGAUAUCAGCGUGAGGCUUCUACACUUUGUGAUGAGGUUGAUAUGCUGCAGGAAGAGAAUCAAAGUAUUCUAGACAAGCUCAGACUCGAGGAAGACAGAUGCAAGGAAUCAGAGGCCAGAGUUAGGGAGCUUGAAAAGCAGGUUGCUUCCCUUGGAGAAGGUGUAUCUUUGGAAGCCAAACUCUUGAGCAGAAAGGAAGCAGCAUUGCGUCAAAGAGAGGCUGCGCUUAAAAAUGCCAAAGACUCUAAGGAAGGAGUUGAUAAGGAAAUCACAUCUCUACAGACUGAAAUUGAGAAUGCAAAAGUUGAGACCGAGACUGCAGUGAGACAGUUAAAUGGAGCUGAAUCUGAAGUAAAAGCUCUUCGAUCAAUGACUCAAAGAAUGAUAUUAACUCAGAAAGAAAUGGAAGAAGUUGUUCUAAAGAGGUGUUGGCUUGCUCGUUAUUGGGGUUUAGCUGCAAAAUAUGGCAUCUGUGCAGAUGUUGCAGUUUCAAAGUAUGAACUUUGGUCAUCCUUAGCCCCUCUUCCGUUCGAGGUCGUUGUUUCUGCUGGACAAAAGGCUAAGGAGGAAUGCUGGGAAAAAGGUGAUGAUGCAAUAGAGAAGAGGAGCAAACUUGUUCCUGACUUAAAUGAUCUUACUGGAGAAGGAAAUAUUGAAAGUAUGCUUUCAGUUGAAAUGGGACUAAAGGAGCUUGCUUCUUUAAAGGUUGAGGAUGCUAUUGUGCAAGCAUUAGCCCAACAGCGACGUCCAAAUUCUGCUCGACAAUUAGUCUCAGAUAUUAAAUCACCUGGGGACCCUAAGUUUAUGGAAGCAUUUGAAUUGAGUCCAGAGGAAUCUGAGGAUGUUCUUUUCAAGGAGGCUUGGCUGACAUAUUUUUGGAGAAGAGCCAAAGCUCAUGGUAUAGAGGAGGAAAUUGCUGAAGAACGUCUUCGGUUUUGGAUUAGUCGGAGUGGGCAUUCACCUACCUCACAUGAUGCCGUUGAUGUUGAGCAAGGACUUUCUGAGCUGAGGAAGUUGGGGAUUGAACAUCGACUUUGGGAAGCAUCCAGAAAGGAAGUUGAUCAGGACUCUACUAUUGCACGAAAGCUGACUUGACCUGAAAUUUGUGCUUAAUUUCCUUGCAAGGCUAUGCAUGUAUUCACGAGCUGAUGCUAGCAUGCCACAAUUAGUUCCAAAAACAUUGCUCAAGAAAUCAUCUGGUUGGAUAAUCGGUGGAGUGUAGUCCAUGUUCGAAGCACAAGGAAAAACAUGAUCUGUCAUGGGGGGAUUAAUGUGUAUGUGGGUGGAAUGUAAUCAGUAACGGGGGGAAUUGGUGUGUAUGCAGGAUUACAUUUUGGUUGCACGAUGUUUGUUGCCCUUGACGACUGACCAGUUUCAAAAUUUAUUGACAAUCCACUUGACGAUUGCAUAUUUAAAAAAAAAAUAGUAUUACUUUGA